AUGGCGCGGCGCAACACCCAGCUGUUGGCCCAGUCAGGAGCUCCGUGCCGCGUUACCAAGCUCAGCAGAGCUUCGGGACAACCAGUACACGGAGAAGAAGUCACAAAAGUAUGGCUGCACAAACAUGGACACAUCCUCAGUGCCUUUGAGUUCCAAAAGGUGUGGGACCACCAGGCUGUAAUACAGCACAUCAGGGAUGGAUUUGGUGAGCGUAUUCCGGAAGAUGUCAGCCUCGAGUUUCUUAUGGCUUGUGGCAAUAAGCUGGUGUGCCCUAAGCUCCAAAAGGGUCAGGAGCUGAAUGGAGUGCUUAUACAUAAGGUGUAUAAAACUAAAGCUCUUUAUGUGAAACCAUCAAGGAUGCUGUUGGAGAUACUGCUGGAACUGGCCAGCAAAAUCAACAUGAAUCAGCGGUGCAGAGUUAACAUAAAUAGAUCUGCCGUCUGGGAGGGAGCUGUUCGGGGAUUCAAGAGAUUGUCCUAUGAGCCCCACCUGAUGGUGUCGGUGAAAUUCUCUGACGACAUGGGGGAAAGUGAGGAAGGAGUUGAUUUAGGAGGUCCAAGAAGGGAAUUCUUACGGCUCCUAAUAGAAAGCAUCGCAAAGUCCCCCAUGUUUGAGGGAAAAGAAAACAGCAAAAACUUGGCUCUCUACAGUACCGCUCUACGAGAGGACUGGUACUAUAUAGCAGGCAGAGCCAUCGCCAUAAGUUUGGUACAUGGUGGUCCACCACCAAACUUCCUCUCCCUGGUGCUAUUUUCUUUACUGAUUGAUGUUCCAGCAAAUCCAGUCCCAGAAGACAUAGCUGAUGCAGACCUCUUGGAAAAAGUCAAAAAGGUAUCUGAAAGCACAUCCAUUGAGGACCUUGAGAAGGCAAAGGCACCUCUGCUUGACUACUUGGCCAAUGCAGGAUGUCUGAGGCCUCUUCGGUCAAUCACAGACAGGGAUCUGCUGGUACAAGACAUUGUGAUGUUUCAGGUCAUCCACAGGGUUCAAGGUCCUUUCCAAAGAUUCUGUGAAGGACUGAAAAUUCUCGGGGUUCUGGAGAAAAUCCAAAAAUAUCCAGACAGCUUUCGCCCCCUGUUCUGCUAUGAGCCAAGUGCGCUGACUGCUGACCAGUUAGAUGAUCUUUUCACCAUUCAUCUGUCAUCAGAAGGGAGCAACAAGAGAGUUGCCGAGGAAGUGGUGAUUCCCUUUUGGAGAGACUAUCUACAAGAUGCAGAAGAAGAAGGACCAUCUAAACUACAGAAGAUAUUGGCCUUCGCCACUGGAGCAUCCGUGGUCCCUCCUAUUGGCUUUUCCCCAAGUCCGUCUGUUGAGUUCAUUCAUAAAGGAGAUGACGAUUUCUCUUCUACACCACUGUUCCCAAUGGCCAACACAUGCAUUAACUGUAUCAAGUUGCCGCUCCAUGUGUCAUACCAGCUCUUAAAGGAGAAGUUUGACUUUGCCCUUGGAAACACAUAUGGGUUUGGCAGAGCUUGAAUACCCUGUUUGUGUCUUUUAUGGUUAACUCUAUCAUUGUUUUACACAUUGCUCAUUGGUGUUACAAAGGUUUGUACAUAACAGUUCAGAAAAAACACAUUAACAUAGCCUCCUUACAGAAACAUGUGCAGGAGUGAGGAAAACACAUUGAUACCAUAGUUCCCAUCAUUUUCCAUUGGAUUCACUUGUUGAAUCCUAUUACUUGUGGUCUCAUUGAUUGUUAUGUUAAUAUCUGGAAUUGUGAUGUUGUUAUUUGUUUGAAGAUGCGGCAAAGGCUCGUGCUCAUUGAUGUUAUAGUCUGUGUCCAAAUGAAUGAUGUCAUUUAUAACUGGCUCAGUUCCAAUGUUGUUAAUGACACCCGAAUGCCACAACUGAAGCGGUGUCUGGCCCCCUUGUGUGGAGAGGCCGUGGUUGUUCCAUUGGUUAAUAAAUUCAGUCACUGCCUGCUGAAUUCUUGGCAAAUAAACAUAAUGCAGACAAAAAAGAUGAAGUUCAUUCAAUGAAUCAAGAAGACCUUCUUCCUCCAUAAAGUUAAAAAUGUUGACGAAAUGUCUGCAAACAACUCUAUUGAGUUCAGCCCACAGUCUUUCAAUUCUCUGGUUAUGGACUGAAACACCUGUAAUUACGCUGUUCAGUCCCCUUCUUUCCAACAUAAAACGUGCAACAAGUAUAUUUUCCAUGCCAUGAUCACAUCUGACCCUUGCAGGCAAACCAAAGUUGUCAACACCCUCUAAAAAUAAAGAUAACACACUUGAGGCUCUGUUAUUAGAUGAGCACCGCAGGUAUAUAAUAGUGCGGCUGAAGCCAUCAACACAGCCAUGCAUGACCAGACGCCACCUGACGAGCUUGUGGUUUCCAUCGAAAUGCCUGUUGGGAGACCAGAAUUAUUAUUACCAUUAUUAUUUAUUUAUUUAUUUAACCUGUUAAGCCCGAGCCGACCCACCGGUGGGCCGAGACUCAUUUGCAUAUGAA